CCCCAAACACACCUGCCCAGGUGUGAACACGGCGGGGUUGGGCUGCAAACCCUCCCCUGGCUCAAGUUGCUAAAAACAACUGAUCUGGGAGCAAAACCGGGAGCAUGUGACUUGCACGACUGCUCAUGUGAGAGGACCUGCUCAGCCAAAGAACAAGAUGCCUGUGAAGUUUAAUUUCUCUUAGCCCUACAAGAAAAACUGAGGAGUAAAAGUUAUGGAUCCUUUAUACUUUCCCAACACAUUUAGCAUGGACGCUAGUUCCAGUGACGUGAAUUCCUCACUGCUGACAAAUGUGACAGAGAAUGGGACACUCUCAGAGCAGCCUCCAUUCAAAUACAUCCACAAAGUCCUGAUUCCCAUCUUUUACAUCCUUGUAUGCGCAGUUGGACUCAGUGGCAACACAUUGGUCAUUUACGUGGUUUUGCGUUAUGCCAAGAUGAAAACCGUCACCAACAUUUACAUCUUGAAUUUGGCCAUUGCUGAUGUCCUCUUCAUGCUGGGCCUGCCCUUCCUGGCCACCCAGAACGCCAUCUCCUACUGGCCCUUUGGCUCCUUCCUGUGCAGGCUGGUUAUGACUGUAGAUGGUAUUAACCAGUUCACUAGUAUUUUUUGUUUGACUGUGAUGAGCAUGGACCGGUACCUGGCAGUAGUUCAUCCCAUUAAAUCAACCAAGUGGAGACGUCCCAGGGUGGCCAAGCUCAUCAGUAUGACUGUCUGGACAUUCUCGUUCCUGGUGGUGCUUCCAGUCUUCAUCUUUUCAGAUGUGCAGGAAGACUUUCACACCUGCAACAUGAACUGGCCAGAGCCUGUCAACAUCUGGUCAGCAGCAUUCAUCAUUUACACGUCGGUCCUAGGGUUUUUUGGUCCUUUGUUGGUGAUCUGCCUGUGCUACUUGCUGAUUGUGAUUAAAGUCAAAUCUUCAGGGAUCCGAGUUGGGUCUACAAGGCGCAGGAGAUCAGAGAGGAAGGUGACCAGGAUGGUGGUGAUCAUCGUGGUCGUCUUUGUGUUUUGCUGGCUCCCAUUUUACAUGAUGAACAUUGUCAAUUUGAUAUUUAUACUGCCAGAAGACCCUGUGCUGGUAGGGGUGUACUUCUUUGUGGUGGUCCUGUCCUAUGCAAACAGCUGUGCCAACCCCAUUCUUUAUGGAUUUCUUUCUGACAACUUCAAGCAGAGUUUUCAGAAAGUCCUUUGCCUCCGAAAGGGCAAUGGUGUAGAGGAUGGUGACCCCAUUGAACACAGGCAAGAGAACAGCAGUCGCUUGCAGGAAUCCAUGUUAACCCAGAGAAAUAUUGAAUUCAAUGGACAUAUGCAGACUAGCAAGGUGUAAGGGCAUGGUUUGGGACUGCAAAGCACUUGUAGACCUGGAGAACUUGGGGACGUAAAGGAGAGAUGAAAUCAUAGCAAAGCUAAAACCUGGAGGCCCGCAAGCUCAAAUAAAUGUACAUAGACUUCUCUUCACUCCCCUCCCUUUCCCAGCUAAAAGUGUUAUGGGUUAUACUGGGCUGUGUGAAAUUCUUACGGUGUUUUAGCUAAGGCAGUCAGACGUGUUACCACUUUCUGUACCCUAGAGAACUGAUCUACUGGUACCCACUGCUGGCUUUGUACUUCUCUGGUGAUGCAAAACAACACUAAACCUGUUUUAACUACCUUGUUAAGCUGAGUUCAUGGCUGCUUUGCACUGCUGGGAUCAGCUCAAAACAGAAAACAGCUCAGACAAUUUGGUUGGAAAUGUCUUUGAAAGUCUUCAAGGGGAUCUUUUAAAAGAAAAACACUAUAUAGUAAUAGAGGUUCCAUAUAAAAAAGGUCACAGCACGGAUCUUGAAAUUAUGUAUAAUCCAUGGCUUUAGAGUGCUGUGAAGUCCAUUUACACUGUUUUACUGUUAUUGAUCCAUAUAAGAAUCUCAAACUAUUUGGGAAUCUUUCAAACAGUAAGAAAGAAUAAAAACAAAACAAGGAGAAAAAUGUUGAAAGAAUUCAAUGUAUUCAUGAUACUUUCACAUUCUAAACCAAACUGCAUAUAAAAUGUAAUGUAACCACUUUAUUAUCAUGUAAGUGACAAUGAUUGUGAAGUGCUGGAAAGCUGUUGUGUAUAUUUAUUGGUUCUGAAUGUAAGUAUGGACUUGAAUUUAAAUUGUAUUUUCAGAAAUUAAAACAA